AUGUGCGAACUGGAAGAAGAACCCAAGGACCUGAUAAAAGUGACUUAUGAGAAGCUUUCUACUGAUGAAGUGGCAGAAUCAGUAAAAUCUCCAUCUUGUGGGGCAGUAUCUUUGUUUAUUGGUACAACCAGAAACCAUUUUGAAGGAAGGAAAGUUGUCCGACUUGAAUAUGAAGCUUAUAUUCCAAUGGCUGAAUCUGAAAUAAAAAAAAUCUGCAGAACUAUUAGAAACCAGUGGCCAGAAAUUCAGCACAUCAGUGUUUAUCACAGACUUGGAUUAGUUAAUGUGACUGAAGCAAGUGUGAUCAUUGCCAUCUCCAGUCCACAUAGAAAUGAGUCCUUUGAAGCAGUGAAAUAUUGCAUUGAUACUUUGAAAGCCACGGUACCAAUAUGGAAGAAGGAGAUCUAUGAUAAUGAAGAAUAUACCUGGAAGGAAAAUAAGGAGUGCCAGUGGGCAAAAAAUAACCAAAAGUAACUAGAUCUCAGUGCAGUCUUGAUGGAAGUAUCAUUCUCUGUUGUCAAAGAAUCUAGUAUUAUGAAUUAUGUAAUCAUGCCUUAAUUGAAACUGAUGAUUUACUUUUGCACUAUACAUUUUUGUGUAAAUACUGACUAUGAUGCAUAUACUUUUGUAUAGAAUUAUAUGAAAAAUAUGUUAAAUUUCCAUGUGGAUAACUUCUUGAUCCGAAACUUGUCAAUGCCGCCUAAUUUCAUACUGAUCACCAGCAUUUAUGUUAAUUCAUGUUAACGAACAAACACAUGCAGCGCUCUUGUUCUUUAGCAACCCACACCCAAGAAGCUGGAGGAAUUCAACAAGUCAGACAGCAUUUCCGGAGGGAAUAAGCAGUUGACGAUUUAGGCCGAGACCCUCCAACAGGACUGGAAAGAGAAGGAUCAGAAGCCAGAAGAAGAAAGGGGAGGAGGCAGAGUACAAACUGGCAUGUGUUAAUUGAGAGCAGGUGAGGGGGAAGGUGGGUGGAUGGGGCAGGGGUGAUGAUGUGAAGAGAUGAGAGGUGACGGGUGGAAGAGGUAAAGGUCUGAAGUAUAAAGAAUCUAAUAGGAGAGGUCAGUGGACCAUGGAGGUGAUGGCAGGUGAGAAGAAGCAAACAGGUAUGAGAGUAACCAGAUUGGGGAAUGGAAAAGAGCAAAUGACAAAGAGGGAAGCCAUUAGGUUGGAGACUACCCAGACAGAAUAUGAGGUUUUGCUCCUUAGCCUGAGUUUGGGCUCAUCAUGGCAUAAAGGAGGCCAUGGUUAGAUGUGUCAGUAUGAGAAUGGGAAGUGGACUGUUUCUUUCCCGCCAUACAUGCUGUCUAACUUACUGGGUUCGUCCAACAUUUUGUUUGUAUUGGUCAGGGUUUCCAGCAUGUGCAGAACCUCUUGUGUUUAAUGUUACUCUUCAACUUAAUUUUGACCAUUGAAUUAGAUUGAAGAGAAUGCAAUAUCAAUUUUAAUGUCAAAGCUGUUGCCUUAUUUGCUUGGGUGGUUCUUCAUAGUUGUAAAAGUGAAUGUUGCUUUGGCAGUUGAAUGUAUGGUCCUGAAUUCAUAUUAAGAAUUACAAUUACAUUAGAACAUAAAACAAUACAGCACUGGAUAAGUGAUUUAGCCCUUGGUGCUCUGAUGGUCUUGAUGCAAAUUUAUCCUAACCGUCCUGCUUUGUAUCAUCUAUAUCCUUCCAUUCUCUUCAUACUCUUGUGCCAUCUAAAAGCCUGUUAAACUCUAUCAAGCUGCCUGCUUCCACUACUGCCCCUGGUAACCUAUUCCAGUCACUGAACACUCUGCUUUAAAAAAAAACUUGCCCCUCAUGUUGCCUUAAUACUUAACCCUCUAACCUUAAAAACAUGUCCUCUGGUGUUUUUCUACCCGUGGGGAAAGAUUCAAACUAUCUAACCUAUCUAUACCUCUCAUAAUUUAAGAAAUCUCUUAUCAGGUUCCAACAUUCAAGGCAGAAUGACCCAGGUUUUUCCAGUCUUUCCUUGUAGUUCAUACUCUCUAAUCCAGGCAGGACCCUGUUAAACCACCUGUGCAGCUUUUCCGCAAGCUCCACAUCCUUCCUAAAAUGAAGUGACCGGAACUGCACACAUUACUCCAAGACUGGUCUGACAUGUUUUGUAUAGCUGAAAAAUGACUUUCUACUUACCAAUCCUACCAAUGAAGGCAAGCAUGGCAUAUUCCUUAUUUUUAAACCACCUAUUCACUUGUGUAACCACUUUCAGGGAACUAUGUACCUCAAUGUUAUAAGGGGCCUACCAUUAAUUUUAAACUUUCCACUUAAUUUGACCUAACAAAGUACAACACCUCUUAAUUGCCACUUCUCUGCCCAUAUCUGUAACUGAUCAAUAUCCCUUUAUAUCUUUGAGUCCUUUACAUUAAUACUGUUUUACAUUAAAUCUUGAUUGAAUGCAACUGCCCACAAGAAACAUUUUCUUGACUAAAUGAUGUUUGACUGCAAAACUUAAAGUAAUUUGUUGUACAUUAUUGAGCUGUAAUAAAAAGUGCAUUUGAGAUGUGUAAUGGUAGCCAUCUUGCAAAACUCAAUGAAAAUUCAGCCCAGUAGAAUACUAUUGUUGGAAUAAGAGUUCUGUGGCAAUUGCGCAGAAACUUAACCUUUUUGAAAAUUUUGUGAAUGGGCAACAAUUUGACUAGCAUAUAGAGAACUAAAAUAUUAGAUGAAUGAACGAGUAGUAUACUAAGGUUGAAAUCAGAAUUUAUUUCAAACAGAUCUGGAAUUGCUUGCAGACUGCCUUUUUGAAGAUGUUUUAGAUUUGCCAGAACCUGCUGUGGGCCUGAUUUUGUAGGAAAAGGCUCAUUUAAAUAAUGCCUUCGAGUUCCCAGUCGAAUUCCUGUUUCAAUUGAAAAAUCCUGCUGAGGCAGGUAAGCGGAAUACAGUGGGCAUUUCCUUGAGGUUUCACUAUGCCGUUACUUUGGUGGAAGAUUCUGCAAGAGGAAGAAUAUAGAUGUUCUUGGCUCUUGAAUUAAACUUCUGCAGAUUCUGGUAUUUUAUAUCGAAGUCAGUGAACCUGUAUGUAGCAAACCUGUUAUAAGGUAAAUUUUGAAAAGUCUCUUGAAAUUCAGGAAUAUUAAUUCUAUAACUUCUCUCUUAGUCACCCUAAUAAUUAGAUUUCCAUAAAAAUUAUUAUAUUGGUCAUGCCAUUCUGAUUUAGCUUGAUCAUGUUUGUGAUUUUAGAGCCAUUUUAUCAAAACUUUCAAAAUGGAUUUUGACAUCUUGCUAACUCACCUAUAGAUCUCUAUUUUUUUCCUCCCUCUCAGUUCAUGAACAGCAAAAUUCAGUUUACUAGUUAAAUCGCUGGCAGUCCUGAAAAAUCAUUAUUAAUGUAAUCAGUUUUUGGAGCUGCUUUUUUUAAAAGAACCUUGCAAUCCAGGGCAUGAGGUUUUGUGAACCUUUAAUAUUUCCAGCAUUUUUUUUAACAAUGUAAAAGUUCUACGUUGUCACUAAAUUCUCAUUUCCUCACUAUCCUUGCUACAUCUGGACAUCAUCAUUAAUAAUUUGAAAUAAGAUUACUGUUUCUAAUCUCAUAAUAUAGUUAACCUUGAUAAACUAUGAAUGGAUCACUUAUUAGUCUCAAUCAAUUGAGUUAUCCAAAGAUAAAAAUUCACCUCCUGUCUCUGAAUGGUAAGGAUUUAUGAUUGCACUUAACAUUUAUGACAGUCAAUUGAAGUUCAUUGUACCAAUGUUACAGACACAGAGAGUGACAUGUUAUGACUGUAAUAUAAAACAAUUUCCUGAAGAAUCAGAAUUUAACAGCAAACUGCAAAUCAAGAUUUUCAGUAGAGAUUUGGCUUUAUUCAUCUGGAAAGUGUUAAAUAAGUCUUUUACUAGACAAUAAUAACCUCUGUUACUUUGCCAUUGCUGUAAAAUAGAUAAAUUCUGACCUCUAGUGGUAGCAAUUUAAUCAUACAUUGCCUUACUAGAAGUAGUAAGUUUUUAAUAGCUUGACCAAUAUAACAGAAAUGAUAACCUGCAAUAGUAGAGUUGGAACAUUUGUCAAGACUGAAUAACUCUCAGCAGAAUAUUAUGCAGAAUUUAUAAUUUCUGCCUUUGAAUUUUGCAAAAACCAUUUGUUCACUACUGAUUAAAGGUAGCAAUAAAAUCAUGAAUAACCACA